AUGGAACCCAAAUGGUUGUGGUUGAGUGUGUUGUUGUUGUUGUUAGAACGAUGCAGAUGGUAUAGUACUGAUGCGUGUUGGGAGGAUGAGAGGAUUGCUCUCUUGCAACUCAAACCUUUCUUCAACCAUUAUACAGAUCUGAACAGCUGGGUGGAGGACAAGGGUUCAGAUUGCUGCCAAUGGGAAAGGGUCGAAUGCAACAUCUCCUCCUCCUUCUCCUUCGGGCGAGUCAUAGGACUCUUUCUUUAUAAUACAAGGUCCUACAAUGAAAGAUGGUAUCUCAAUGCCUCUUUGUUUCUUCCUUUCAAGGAAUUGAAGCUUCUUCAUUUGGAAGGGAAUAGCAUCGCUGGUUUUGUUGAAAAUGAAGGAAAGGAGAUACAACUAAGGAUGACCAAUUUGGAGGUUCUUGAUUUAAGUAAUAAUCUCUUCAAGAACGACACUUUUGCAUUCCUUUCUGGCCUUCCAAGUCUAAAGUCCCUGAAUAUGGGGGACAACCAAUUGCAAGGCUCAAUAGAUAUUGAAGAUAGUGGGAGACAGCUGAACUUAACCCAUUUAGAAGAACUUGAUUUGAGAGAUAAUCUCAUUAAGGACAGCAUAUUUGCAUCACUUAGCGGGCUUUCAAAUUUGAAGUAUUUGCAUAUAAGCUCCAAUCAGUUAAAUGGAUCAAUAGAUAUGAAAGAAUUGCAUGUGUGGAGCAAUGUGGAGGAAAUAUUUCUAGACGGUUCUUAUCUCAACAACAACAUUUUGCAAAGCAUUGGAAAUUUCUUCCAUGAAUUUAUAAAAUUUUCAGGUUGGUGUGAUUUAAAGAACCUUGAAAAGUUGGACAUCAAAGAGAAUGCAUUUGAGGGGAUACUUCCUUAUUGUUUGGGUAACUUGACAUCUCUUCUUGAGUUAGAUAUCUCCGACAAUCAAUUUACUGGAAAUUUGACUCAUUUAGCAAAUCUUUCAUCACUUAGAUCUGUCACCCUUUCAAGAAAUCGUUGUCAAAUUUCAAUGCCAUUCCUAUCACUUGCAAACCUUCCAAAUCUCAAGUUUCUCUUGGCUGAUGAAAACAAUAUAGUAAUGGAACCUAAUUCCUUUCAUACUUCAAUUCCAAAGUUUCAACUAAAUGUUUUCAGCUUGUCAAAGUGUACAACAGAUAAAGGACUUAGCCUACAACCUCCUAAGUUCCUUUAUUACCAAUAUGACUUGAGAUAUGUUGAUCUUUCCUAUAACUAUUUCAGUGAAACAGUCCCGUUAUGGUUGUUAGAAAAUAACACAAAAUUAGAACAUCUCUUCUUGUUGGGCAAUUCUUUCACCGGUCCUCUCUUGUUACCACAACUUCCUAAUCCUAAUGUGUCUGUAAUUGACAUAUCUAAUAACAAAUUACAAGGCCAAAUUCCGACAAAUAUAUGUUCAACUUUUCCAAAUUUGGAAUCGUUAUUCUUAUCUAAGAAUGCCUUUGAAGGUAAUAUCCCUCCUUGUUUAAGUGGCAUGGACACUUUAUCAUUUUUAGACCUAUCGGACAAUCAUUUGUCUGGAAGAUUACCAGAAGAGUUGAUCAUGGGAAGUUCAUUAGAUAUUCUUAGGCUAUCAAAUAACAACCUAAGUGGAAAGAUUGUUCCUAUGAUGUUCAACACAAACAAGUUGUCAAAUUUGUAUUUGGAUGGCAAUAAUUUCACCGGAGAGAUUCCUGAUAUUGAUGUCUCUGCUACUAAUUUGUCAUAUUCAUCACUAGAGGAUAUUGAUCUCAGUAAUAACAGUUUUAAUGGAAAGCUCCCAAGAUGGAUAGGGAAUGUAUCGCAUUUGAAGAGAUUGGCUUUGUCCAACAAUCAUUUCGAAGGUUCUAUUCCAAUGGAAUUGUGCAACUUGUAUGAGCUUGAAUUUUUGGAGCUUUCUGAAAACAAUUUAUCUGGCUCUAUUCCUUCUUGUUUCAAUCCACCAUAUUUGAGACAUGUCCACCUGAAGAGAAACAGACUAAGUGGUCCAUUGACACUUGUUUUUGAUAGCUCUACAUUAGUGACAUUAGAUCUUAGAGGGAAUAAUUUGACCGGUAAUAUUCCAAAAAGGAUUGGCACAUUCUCUACUUUAAGCGUCCUUCUUUUGAAAGAUAAUCAUUUAAACGGUGAAAUUCCAGUUCAAUUAUGCAAGUUGUAUUCAUUGAGCAUCAUAGAUCUUUCUGGAAAUAUGUUUUCUGGUCCUAUACCUUCUUGUUUGGGCAAUUUAACUCUGGCAAUGAAAGAGGAGAAGUCUGUCAUAAGGCCAUUCCUUGCAAACCUUCCAAAUCUCAAAUUUCUCUUGGGUGAUGAAAACAAGAUGGUAGUAGAACCUGAUUCCUUUCAUACUUCAAUUCCAAAGUUCCAACUAAAUUUCAUCAGUUUGUCAAAGUGCACAACAGAUAAAGGACUUAGCCUACAACCUCUUAAGUUCCUUUAUUACCAAUAUGACUUGAGAUAUGUUGAUCUUUCCUAUAACUAUUUCAGUGGAACAGUCCCGUUAUGGUUGCUAGAAAAUAACACAAAAUUAGAAAAUCUCUUCUUAUUGGGCAAUUCUUUCACCGGUCCUCUCUUGUUACCGCAACUUCCUAAUCCUAAUGUGUCUGUAAUUGACAUAUCUAAUAACAAAUUACAAGGUCAAAUUCUGACAAAUAUAUGUUCAUCUUUUCCAAAUUUGGAAAGGUUAUUCUUAUCUAAGAAUGCCUUUGAAGGUAAUAUCCCUCCUUGUUUAAGUGGCAUGAACACUUUAUCAAUUUUAGACCUAUCGGACAAUCAUUUGUCUGGAAGAGUACCAGAAAAGUUGAUCAUGAGAAGCUCAUUAGAUAUUCUUAGGCUAUCAAAUAACAACCUAAAUGGAAAGAUUGUUCCUAUGAUGUUCAUCAACACAAGCAAGUUGUCAAAAUUGUAUUUGGAUGGCAAUAAUUUUGCUGGAGAGAUUCCUGAUAUUGAUGUCUUUGCUACUGAUUUUUCAUAUUCAUCACUAGAGGAUAUUGAUCUCAGUAAUAACAGUUUUAAUGGAAAGCUCCCAAGAUGGAAAGGGAAUGUACCGUCUUUGGAGAGAUUGGCUUUGUCCAACAAUCAUUUCGAAGGUUCUAUUCCAAUGGAAUUGUGCAACUUGUAUGAGCUUGAAUUUUUGGAGCUUUCUCAAAAUAAUUUAUCUGGCUCUAUUCCUUCUUGUUUCAAUUCACCAUAUUUGAGACAUAUUGGCACAUUUUCUGCUUUAAGCGUCCUUCUUUUGAAAGAAAAUCAUCUAGACGGUGGAAUUCCAGUUCAAUUAUGCAAGUUGUAUUCAUUGAGCAUCAUAAAUCUUUCUGAAAAUAUGUUUUCUGGUCCUAUACCUUCUUGUUUGGGUAACUUAACUCUGGCAAUGAAAGAGGAAAAGUCUUUUGUAGAUGACCCUUGGUAUAUAAGAUAUACAAUGGAGGAUCUAUCUAUUUUGAUUGAUUCACGUGUUUAUCCCCAUAGCUACAUGGUAGAAGAGAUAGAGUUUACAACAAAGAGUAUGUCCUACACAUAUGGUGGUGACAUUCUUGAGUACAUGUCUGGGAUUGAUUUAUCUUGCAACAAGUUAACAGGGCAAAUCCCUCCCGAAUUGGGAAACUUGAGUGAAAUCCAUUCGUUAAACUCAUCACACAAUAACUUGAUCGGAGUCAUACCUUCAUCAUUUUCAAAGCUUAAGCAAAUCGAGAGUUUGGAUCUUUCUUACAACAACUUGACUGGUAGAAUCCCUAUACAGCUGGUUGAGUUGAACUCUUUAGAGGUUUUUAGUGUGGCACACAACAACUUGUCAGGUAGUAUUCCAGAACCAAAAGCUCAGUUUGGGACCUUUGAUGAAAGGAGUUACGAAGGAAACCCUCUUCUCUGUGGGCCUCCAUUGCAAAAUAACUGCUCUAAAACUGACUCACCAUCAAUAGUACCACCUACAACAGACGAUGAAGGAGAAGGUAGUUUCAUGGACACAUAUGUUUUUUGUGUGAGCUUUCUGGUUUCAUAUGUAAUUGUUUUAUUAGGAAUUUUUGUUGUUCUAUACAUAAAUCCAUAUUGGCGACAAGCAUGGUUUUCUUUCAUUGAGAGUUGCAUCACUACCUGUCGCUACUCAAUUGUGGGCAAUUUUCUUGAGUUAUACAUCUUCAGAAGAUGUGCCUAGGUAUCAUGGGAGCUCUUAUGAUUUGCCUUUUGUUUGAAUGUGGUGAUGAAGAUUUGGAUAAAGUUGAUUUUGUUGUCAGAAGAAAUUUGGUGAUUUGAUCUUUUAAAUGGGGGAUUUCUUUUAACUUACUGUUCUGUUAAAAUAGUUGUAGGAAGAGUUGUGGAUUUUGCACUUUGAACAGAGCUUUAUGUCUCUGUCGAAACUCUAUUUUUGGUAUUUGUUUUGUUUUGAAGGAAGCCUGUAGCUUUGUGUCUUGUUGAUUUUAUUUUCUACACAAAUAUUCAAUUCUCUAUUCUCCAUCAUCUACAAGUUAUUAGUAAUAUCUUUUCCAAGUUAUUAUUCAAAUUGGCAAAUUUUUCCUCAUUAGUUUUGACUUAGUUUUGAGCUUCUAGUAAAUGAUUUCUGGCAUAAAUUGUAGUGAAGGCAAAGAUUGCUGGCUAUGGCCUACCAAGAACGUUUCUAAAGUUGUAUUGGUUGGCUUCAUUUGUUUUAACCAGAUUUUAUAUCGAUCGUAAAAAGCUUUUUCAAUUUAUUUUCUUUGAUGCUUAAAAAAUUAGAUUUUAAACAAAAACAAUACUAAUUGUAUUAGU